UGGAAUUAUUAUGCAGGCACUAUACCAUCAUUUUGUCAAUCGAACAAGGUUUGGGGGACGGAUAUUGAUGAUAUCUAUGUGCCAGUGAACUUCGCCGACCUUCAUUGGAUUGCUAUGUGGAUAUCGAUCCCUAAGAGGCACAUAGUCGUCUUUGACAACAUUUGUUCCAGUAUCUCCCCAGAAGAACUCGAUGUGGUAAUGGAGCAUUUUCUCUACAUGGUCCCUUAUCUGCUUGUUGAGUGCGCUUCCUCAGACGAACAAUGUGCCCAAUACAGCCUGGAGCCAUUCACAUAUGAGAGACCGACCAAUAUACCUCCGGUCCGAGCUGGUGAUUGUGGCGUGUACACUCUAAAGUACAUUGAAUGUCAUGCUCUUGGGAUAGAGUUUAGUAAAAAAGACUUUGCUAAGGCCAACGGGAAGAGUAUGAGGGAUAAGAUGGCGGUGGAUAUAUUUCAAGAGCUUCCUGACGCGCAUGAGUUCGAAAACAAGGACAUGGAAGACAACCUGGGUGCGUAUGACGGGUGAUUAACAUGCCACGUUAGAUUAUUUUGUAUGAUAGAUUAGUCUGAUGUGUGUAUUUGAACU